AUGGGGAAACGCGGGCUGGGCUGCAAGAAGCGGAUCAGGGAGAACGUGGUGAAGGAGCGGGAGGAGGAGGAGUACUGGCGGAGAGUGAUCGAAGAGAAGAGGAGGAGGGACGAGAAGGAGAACAAGGAGAAGCUGAAGCAAGGAGGAGAAGGGCAGGGCGUGAAGGAAGUGAGGGAGAAGGGAGGCGCGAGGGCGAGGGAUCAGGAGGGGAAGAAAGGGAAGAAGAAGCGCGAGAAAGAUAAGGAGGAGACGUAUCAGCCGCAAGAUGCUCAUGAAGGGGAUGGGAAAGGGGGGAAGGCACAUGGGACCGCUCGCCACAUGUCCAAGAGCAAGCAUCAACCCCAUAACUCAUCGCUGGCAUGGCACGUCGGCCAUUGCCCGGUGAAAGGCAGGAUCAUGGUGGCGGCGAGGGACAUCGAGGCAGGAGAGAUCAUUCUCGAGGAGGAGCCGCUCGUCGCUGCCUCUUGGCACGCGCACCGCUGCAUCGAAUGCCACGAGCCCCACCGCAGCUCCGAGUGCAGCAGGGUCCAGCACAAGUACCCCCCUGCAGUCGCUGCCAACAUGGAGGAGAUCGAAAGGUUCCUGGAGGGCCUCGAGAGCAUCGAAGAGCUAGACAGCGCGAGGAGGUUCAUCAAGCUCCUGAGCAAGUCCAGCUCAGACCCAGCAGUGAUGGUCCACCUGAGCCCUUGCACAGCUGCGAACAUGGAGAGCUGCAGGAAGGCGGUCAGUGCUGUCAGGAAGCACAAAGUGGCCAAGGCGAUCAUCCCCCCGACUGUCUCGGACGAGGAUGCAGCUAGGAUGCUCUCGAUCCUCAACACCAACUCCCACGAGCUGGGGGAGUGGGGGGGCAGCGGGCUGUUCCUGCUGGGGUGCUUGAUGGAGCACAGCUGCGCACCGAACUGCAACUUCUCCACCUAUGGAACUCAACUCUGGGUAACAGCGCUGAAUUCCAUCAAGAAGGGUGAAAGCCUGUCGAUAGACUAUAACGACUCCACCUUCGAGCCCACGGCCGUCCGGAGAAAGCUCUUGAAGGACUCCUAUGACUUCCUGUGUCUUUGCCCGCGCUGCACUACCUUGCCGGAUGUGAUGAGGGCUUUCAUCUGCCCGGUGAAACAGUGCAAGGGGAAGGUGUGCCCAUUGGGCGAGGGCUCCAAACCCAGUGAUUGGGUCUGUGAAAAGUGCAAGUCUCAACUGGACAAAAAGUCCAGGAAGAGGUUCCUUGAGAUUGAGAAAGCCUUGAUGGAGGAAGGGCCUGAGCAUGACGUGUUUCACGAGACGCACCAUAUUGUGUUGGAGGCUCUGCGAGAGCUUGGGAGUGUGUACGCUAAGGACGAGGAGGCAGUUGCGGAUGGAAGCGCAGAGGAGAUAUGGCUGAGGGUCCUGAAGGGGGCGGAUCAGGCCCGUUCCAUCCUAAUCCCUCUGGUCCUCCCAAAGUUUCAUCCGACCAAGGCGAUCUGGUGGGACAACGUGGCCCAGCUGCGGUUGUCGAGGAAGAACCAAGCUGGAGCCCAGGAGGCUUUGAAGCGGUCCUACGAGGUCACCAGGCGCUGCUGCGGGGACGCGACCCCUUCUACUCAGGACGCGUUGAGGCUGGUGGAGCAUCCUCCAAAGGCGUGUGAAAGCUUCAAAGUUGAGAGGUGGGCAGGAGAGCUGAAGGACUGGCAGGACAUCGAGGAGCUCAACCAGACGUACGAGAACGUGAAGGAGCAGGCGGCUCGCCUGACCAGGAGAGGGUUUGAUAGCCUCCAGUACUUCCAGUCGCUCUGGGCCAGCUCGCAGAGCGCUGGCCGCCAGUGA